AUGCUCAAAUUGCUCGACAUGUUGGAAUGGCACAGCGUGUACACGCCACUCUUUUUGUGCACAUGGAUUGUGGCGAUUAUUUUAUGCAAGAUGGUUUUCCAUCACAACCACAAGCUGGCCAGCAUGUUUCCCGAGUCGGCAUUGUUAAUCGCCCUCGGGCUAGUUGUCGGGUUUAUUGUCGAUCAACUUUGGUUGUUAGAUGUCUAUAUGCAUCCAGACCUUUUCUUCCUCUAUCUCCUACCUCCAAUCGCCCUUGAUGCCGGCAACGCCUUAGGUUUCACCCUCUGGUUUUUUGGCGACUCGUACGAAACGCAUCUCGGCGUUUUGGAAAUUAUGCUAUUCGCUACCCUGAUCUCUGCUGUCGACCCGGUAGCUGUACUGUCGGUGUUCGAGGAGAUCCACGUCAACCAGCUGCUCUACAUUUGCGUCUUCGGCGAAUCGCUGCUGAACGAUGCUGUGACGAUUGUCCUCUACCACGCGUUCAAGUCAAUGGUCAAGAUCGGGGUGAAAGAGAUUGACUUUCACGACUUCUUCGACGCGUUUCAAUCUUUCUUGACCGUGUCGUGUGGUGGUAUCUUGGUUGGGCUUGUUUGUGUCUGCCUGACGGCUAUGAUGAGCAAAUACUCCUACGUGGUACCGGUUGUCCAGCCGUUAAUAUGCUUGGUUAUCCCAUUUUUAUCGUACCUGAUCGCGGAAAGUGCCCACCUCUCUGGCAUCCUUGCUAUCGUAACUUGCGGCUUGAUGAUGAAGCCCUAUAUCGCCGGAAAUUUGACCGAACAAUCCCUGACGACAGUACGAUACUUCCUAAAGACGGUCACUUCUAGCUCUGAGGCCAUCAUUUUCGUUUUCCUGGGAAUGUCCACCUUUUCCAAAAACCAUACCUGGGAUUAUGCCUUUACAGCCAUUACAGUGACUGCCUGUAUUUUGUGGCGCUUUGUUGGUGUCUACCUAUUCACAUACCUUGCAAAUAAGAAGCGAGUCCGGAAAAUCGGGUAUAUGGACCAAUUUAUUAUGGGUUAUGGCGGUUUACGAGGAGCGAUUUGCUACGGUCUUGUAAUGACGCUGGACCCAACCUUAAUCCCAGCGAAGGAUAUGCUUGUCUCGACUACCGUAAUCGUCAUUGUGGUUACUGUAUUUAUCCAGGGGACGACGAUCAAGCCGCUGGUGAAGCUGCUCGGUGUAAAGACCGAGAGUCCUACUUGCAAAAAUUUGACGCAACAUGUGUUUUCCCAGGGACGUGACGACAUGAUGUCGGGUAUCGAAGUAAUCGUCGGGACCCGAGGCUCGAAUUACUGGAGAGCCGCCCUGAUCAACUUCAACAACGCCUACAUCCAGCCGGUGCUCAUGAAAAGUCCGAGGACGCGAGGGGAGAAGCUGCUGGAGAAGUACGCCACGUUGACGGCUGAGGCGCAACGGAAGCGGUUAUUGGAUCAAUUCGGAGUC